GGCCUCCAGUUGCUCCGCCAUCUUUGUCGGCUGCCCAUUGUUCACUCUUGAGCUAACAACGGCGAUAAACCAGUUCGCAAUAAAAUAACUCGACAGUGUCACCGGCAGCUGCCCGCGACAGUCGUGGAUUUGCUCUCGGGGUUGCGACUUGUUUUCGGCCAGCAACUGAAACAGAAUGGACGAUGACCAGCCCAAAACCCUGUAUGUGGGAAAUCUGUCCCGGGAUGUGACCGAGGCACUCAUCUUGGAGUUGUUUGGCCAAAUCGGACCCUGCAAAAGCUGCAAAAUGAUAGUAGAUACAGCAGGUCACGAUCCGUACUGCUUUGUGGAGUUUUAUGAGCAUAGACAUGCCACUGCCACAAUCGCAGCCAUGAAUGGUCGGAAAAUUCUGGGUAAGGAAGUCAAGGUCAACUGGGCUACUACACCAACCAGUCAAAAGAAAGACACAAGCAGUCACUUCCAUGUCUUUGUUGGAGAUCUAAGUCCUGAAAUCACCACAGAUGACAUAAAAGCAGCUUUUGCUCCAUUUGGAAAAAUAUCGGACUGUCGGGUGGUGAAAGACAUGGCCACAGGUAAAUCUAAAGGCUAUGGCUUUGUCUCCUUCUUCAACAAGUGGGAUGCAGAGAACGCCAUUCAGCAGAUGGGAGGACAGUGGUUGGGAGGGAGGCAGAUCAGGACUAACUGGGCUACAAGGAAGCCUGCUCCAAAAACUACAAGUGAAACAACCAAUACCAAGCAGCUAUCUUUUGAUGAGGUGGUGAACCAGUCAAGCCCCAGCAACUGCACAGUCUACUGCGGAGGAGUGACAACAGGACUCACAGAACAAAUUAUGAGACAGACCUUCUCGCCUUUUGGGCAAAUAAUGGAAAUCAGAGUUUUCCCGGAGAAAGGCUAUUCAUUUGUGAGGUUCAACUCCCAUGAGGCCGCAGCUCAUGCUAUUGUUUCUGUCAAUGGCACUUCCAUAGAGGGCUAUGUUGUUAAGUGUUACUGGGGUAAAGAAACUACAGACAUGGUCCAGGGUCCCAUACAGCAGGUACAGAUGGCACAGCAGAACACAGUGAGCUUCGCAGCGCAGCCCUACAGUCAGUGGGGCCAGUGGUACAGUAACACACAGCAGAUUGGCCAGUAUGUGCCCAAUGGGUGGCAGGUGCCGAGCUACAGCGUCUAUGGACAGACUUGGGAUCAGCAGGGCUACAAUCAUUUACAUGCUGGUGCUGGAUGGACAGGUGUGGGUGCCAUGAGCAAUGGAGGCAUGGUGGAGGCUGGGCAAGGAGUCAACGGGACGGUGCUAACCAACCAGGCUGGCAUGGGUACUGCUGGCUAUCACACUCACUGAUCACAGCGUCCGUCUCCCUCUAAGCCUCUGAGGCCACAAGGAUGAUACUCUGCUGGGGAAGGAGUGCAGUAGAAGUGCUCUGUCUGUCACCUCACCAAAUUACUUUGUUAGUGAAGCUGGUACGCCAUUUUAUCAACCAUACCAGCCCCAAACUUCACUCACCGCCCAAAUGUGCAAGUGUAAAGAUAAUUAGUCACACUUUAACACAGUUAAAGCUAUCGCUAAUGCACCUUGCAUUCCUGGGCCCAUUUUAUUGUUUGGUGUACUACUGGCCAAAUGUAAAUUCUCCUACGAUAUUUUGAGCUCAGCCACAGUUUAGUUUAAAAGGAACCUGUUUCUUGAAUUAGAUUUCUAUUCAAACAGCUGCUUUAAUGUUUGUUUUCAGCCCCCAAGAGCCAAAGAGCAAGGGCAGGAUUUUAUACCAAUAUUCAACGAUUGUCCAGGGCGAAAGAGGUGACAAACUCAAUAGUUGGCAUAAUUGCAACACAAGCUACAAGAUGUGUCUUGAAUAAGGGUACGGGGUUUUGUUUUGUGUUUUUUUUUAGUUUUAUUUCAGUUGGAGCUCGAUGUCACUGUCCGUCUGUCAGCCGGUUGCUAAAGUAAAACACAAGUCCGAGCAAGUUCUCAGGGUGUUGUCAAGUCAUUCUGUGAAAUGUAGGAUAUCACUGAGUAGAAGGAGCCGGCAGGUUGAGGGAAGGAUGCGGAUGCAAACAAAAAAAAGAACAACAACAAAAAAAUCAAAGUAAAUUUGAGCGCUACUUCACUUGUUAUCCCGGACAGGACUGGGCAGAGAAUCCCAUCUGUGGAUUAAGAAAUGUGUGUGUGCUUACGUGUGUGCAUGAACUGAUGC